UUAAUCUGGUGUCGGACACAAGUUUGACAUUGUUUUAAUAAACUGAGAUUUUUGUAAAUGUGCACGGAUCGCAACUCACGCACGAAACAUUUGCUUACUACGUCGCACGUUUUAUUCCUCAAAAUGUGAGAAGACGACUCGCUGGAGGGCUAACGCACAUCUAACGGGGGUUUUCAACCCGAAGCGCGUUUUUACUGGGAAAAGUUUAUAUUUGUCGUGGCUUUUGGACGCACCGAGCUCGACGUCUCUCGAUUUGACGGUGCGAUUCCAUGAAAUCGUGCCGAGUGUCGCUCGCCGUCGCUGCUGCUGGUGAUGAGGAGAAGAAAAUGGCGGCGGGAAAAGCGAGUGAACCCGAGGAGGACGCGCCGCGGCUGAGCGCGCAGGAGAGUGACACUCUGGCCCGCAUCGACAGCUCUCUGUUCGGAUUUCAGCGGCUUCAUGAAGAUGGCGCCAGUAUGAAGGCCCUGCUCAUAAAGGCCGUUCGCUGCUAUGAAUCUCUCAUCCUGAAAUCUGAAGGAAAAGUAGAUCCAGAACUCUUCUGUCAGCUGGGUCACUUCAAUCUCUUGCUGGAGGAAUAUCCAAAAGCAUUAUCAGCGUACCAGCGGUACUACAGUUUACAAUCAGACUACUGGAAGAACGCUUCCUUUUUAUACGGCCUCGGUAUGGUUUACUUUCAUUACAGUGCAUUUCAAUGGGCGAUCAAGGCCUUUCAAGAGGUGCUGUACAUCGACCCCAGCUUCGCUCGAGCUAAAGAGAUUCACCUGCGCCUCGGACUCAUGUUCAAAGUCAACACCGACUAUGAGUCCAGCUUAAAGCACUUUCAACUGGCGCUCAUAGACACCAACCACUGCACUUUGUCCAAAGCUGAGAUUCAGUUUCACAUCGCACAUUUAUAUGAGAUUCAGAAGCGAUACCGUGCGGCCAAAGAGGCAUACGAGAGUCUCUUGCAGACAGAGAAUUUACCUGCGCAGGUGAAGGCUGCUACCUUACAACAGCUGGGCUGGAUGCAUCAUACGGUUGAGCAGUUGGGUGAUAAAGCUAAUAAAGACAGUUACGCCAUCCAGUGUCUCCAGAAAUCCCUGGAAGCGGAUCCAAACUCGGGCCAGUCCUGGUAUUUUCUGGGCAGGUGUUACGCCAGUAUUGGGAAGGUCCAGGACGCCUUCAUCUCGUACAGACAGUCCAUUGACAAAUCAGAGGCCAGCGCAGACACCUGGUGCUCUAUCGGCGUGUUGUACCAGCAGCAGAAUCAGCCGAUGGAUGCGCUGCAGGCUUACAUCUGCGCCGUCCAGCUGGAUCAAAGUCACGCCGCCGCCUGGAUGGAUCUGGGCACGCUGUACGAGUCCUGCAACCAACCCCACGACGCCAUCAAAUGCUACAUCAACGCCACGCGCAGCAAAACCUGCACCAACUCUGCCGCGCUCGCCACCCGCAUCAAAUACCUGCAGGCUCAGUUGUGUAACCUUCAACACAAUAGUCUACAGAGUAAAAGUAAAAUGCUUCCUAGUAUUGAGGAAGCGUGGAGCCUCCCAAUCCCAGCAGAGCUCACGUCCAGACAGGGUGUCCAGAGCACGGCCCAGCAGGCGUGUAAACCUCACCCUGGGUCAUCGGGGGGGUCUCAUGGCUCUGGUCAGUCACUGCCCCCCCACUCGAGUCUGGAUCAGGGUGAGGAUCAGUCCAACCCGGCCAAGAAGAAGAGGACAGCGAGCCCUGCUAAGAUCUCAGACUCUUGGACCAACAGUCCAGCACAGCCACAAACUCCAAACUGGUACCUGUCUCCUCAGAAGCUUCAGUUGCUGGAGCAGUUGCGGGAGAACCGGCCGACUCUGAAGGCUCCUCAGCUGCUGGUUCUGGAGCAGAUGGAAGCACAGCUGUCAGCCAUGAAUCUGCACCAGCAGCAGAUGAGGCAAAACUCUUCUGGGCAGAUACGACCCGUCGUCCCCAAUGGGCCAUCAGUCAAUUCCUCACUGCCUGCUCAUCGCAGCCCGGCCGUGCGACCGCCCUGCAGCGCUCAGCCACUGACCAACGGUCCCGUUCCACCCGGCCCCCGACCCCCUUCGGUCUGCAAUAAUCACGUGGCAGGUGCCAGAGCUAACGGAGACGUGCCUUACCUGCACCCCACUGCACUACCUCACAACUGCACAAGCCCGAGAGAGCCGUGGAAGAGCCAGCACCUCAACUCCACUCAGGGGCUUCAGAAAGGUUCAGGUUUGCAUUGGGCGGGUCCUAAUGGAGACCGGACUCUCUCUUCCAGCGCUUCGGCCAAAGGUGGCCCUCACAAUCAGGUUGGACAUUCCGCCAAAACCCCCUGCGAUCCCUUGGAGCCAGCUGUCAAUCAUCUGUCCUCCCCUUCCUCCGCGGCAUCACCCGCUUCCUCCUCUUCGCACACGGCUACCUCAGGUGCGCCACCCGGCACCCCCCUGACCAAAGAGAGCUCCGCCCUGCCGGGCAACAGUUCCACUGCCGCCAACCACCACAGUCCAGGCCGCACGGCCGCUUCCACGUCCUGUUCGCCAGCAGCCCAUUCCACAGACAAUCCGCAGGUCUCCGCUCUCCUCGGAGGCAAAGAGAGUUCCGCCGUGGGCUCGUCACUGACGGCCCCGGGCGGUUCGGAUGCUUCUUCUCCCAUCUCUGCGUUGUCCACCGCGUCCCCCUCGCCCCGCUCCGCUGAGCCUGCGGUCGGCCUCAACAAGCCGAGAUCCACCAUGGCCGGUCUCUCUGCCCAUGUCACGGUGAACGGAAGCGGGGGAGUUUGUUCAGAAGACUCCCGGAGCCCGGUGAAAGUGGAGCCGCCGCAGCUCACCUUUAAAGCGGCCAGACCUCACAAACCCCCUCACUCGUCAUCUACCGUGUCCAUAUACCCGACAUCUGCAGACGUCCUGAAGGCCUGCAGGAUUCUUGGGAAGAAUGGUCUGUCGAGUAGCAGAAUCCUGUUAAACAAAUGCCCGCCGCCACGCCUCCCCCCUCCUCCUUCACCCACUCUGCCUAAAGACAAACUGAAUCCACCCACGCCGAGCAUCUAUCUGGAGAACAAGAGGGAUGCGUUCUUCCCUCCGCUGCACCAGUUCUGCACAAACCUGUCAAACCCCGUCACGGUCAUACGCGGCCUGGCAGGAGCUCUCAAACUCGAUCUGGGCCUGUUCUCCACUAAAACUCUGGUAGAGGCGAAUCCAGAGCACCUGGUGGAGGUGAGGACACAGCUGUGUCAGCCGGCCGAUGAGAACUGGGACAACAGCGGCACGAGGAAACAGUGGCGCUGUGAGAGCAGCCGCUCGUACACCACCAUCGCCAAAUACGCGCAGUACCAGGCUGCUUCUUUUCAAGAGUCUCUGCGGGAAGAGAACGAGAAGAAAGGCCAGAAAGAACAUUCAGACUGUGAGAUGACCUCAUCAGAACCUGUUUCUAGAAGAAGAGGUCCCUUCAAACAGAUCAAGUUUGGCACCAACAUUGACGUCUCCGAUGAAAAAAAGUGGAAACUGCAGCUGCAAGAGUUGAGUAAACUGCCUGCGUUUGCGCGGAUGGUGUCUGCAGGUAACUUGUUGAGUCACGUGGGUUACAGCAUUCUGGGAAUGAACACGGUGCAGCUCUUCAUGAAAGUGCCCGGCAGCAGAACUCCAGGUCACCAGGAACACAACAAUUUCUGUGCGGUAAACAUCAACAUCGGUCCGGGCGACUGCGAGUGGUUUGCCGUUCCCGAGCCGUACUGGGGCGUCAUGAGUGGAUUCUGUGAGAAGAACAACAUCAACUUUCUGAAGGGCCCGUGGUGGCCGAAUUUGGAGGAUUUAUACCAGGCUAACGUGCCGGUGUACCGUUUCAUCCAGCGGCCUGGAGAUCUGGUCUGGUUGAACACAGGAACAAUCCACUGGGUCCAGGCCAUCGGCUGGUGCAAUAAUAUCUCCUGGAAUGUUGGCCCGCUUACAGCUUAUCAGUACAAGCUCGCUGUGGAACGCUACGAGUGGAACAAACUCCAAAGUGUCAAAUCUAUGGUUCCCAUGGUGCAUCUGUCCUGGAACAUGGCGAGGAACAUUAAAGUGUCUGAGCUGAAGUUAUUUGACAUGAUCAAGUUCUGUUUGCUCCGGACGCUUAAACAGUGUCAAGCCAUAAAAGAGGCGCUGGUGGCCGCUGGGAAGGAGACGAUUUGGCACAGAAGAAGUCGAGAUGAACCGGCCCAUUACUGCACCAUCUGUGAGGUGGAAGUCUUCAAUCUUCUCUUCGUGUCGAGCGACAGCUACUCCAGAAAGUCUUACGUCGUCCACUGUCAGGACUGCGCGCGGAAAGGCUGCAGCGAUCUGGAGGGUUUUGUUGUGUUGGAACAGAUCAAGAUGGAAGAUCUCAUGCAGAUUUAUGACCAGUUCUCAUUGGCCCCUCCACUGCAUUCUUCAUCUUGACAUUAAACGCUGUAUGUGUGGAUAAUAUCGCAUUACAGGAACUCUAUAAACGGACCAUUUCUGAUAUUCAGGACAGUCGCGGCAGCGUCUCGCGUGGCUGGUGACCGUAGCUAACGCUCCGGACUGACGACUGAAGUGGCUGUGUGUCUAUGCAACCCGUUUAUAAUCUGCAGUGUGUCGAUACGGCCUGCAGGGGGCGGCGGUAGAGGGUGAACGUCCACCUCGCGCCCCUUCUCCUAAACGGACGGCUCGCCUCUGCAUCACCAGGGAAAUGAAGCAGAAAAACUGGGGAGAAAAUGAAUUGUUUUGUACAUAUUGUCUCUUACAAAUGGCAUCGUCGCUUAAAGACUACUGACUUCUUUUUGUAUUUUGUAACGUUUUGACAGCUGAAAUCUGUCUUCUGUCUGGGCUUCACCAUCACAGGCAGGAACGCUAGCCGAGCUUUUUCUAUGGUAGCGAUAGCCAUUUUACGACGACCUUGGAUGGCAAAAUCUACAAAAAUAAAACUCAAAAAAUAUUUGUAAUGUGAAGAAUUAGGUGAUAUAAUUUUGUACUGCUUUUACGUUUUACCUGUCUUUGUUUUGAAACCAUGUUUGAUACUUUUGUUUCUUAGGUAAAAAAAAACUAAAUUUACAGCCAAGUCACAAAGAAAAAUGAGUUGCACAUAGAAUAAGGAAUCAAGUUGAAGUUGUGAUUGUUUUCCCCCGUCAUUUUUGUUUCUAAUCCCAAUGUACAUUUACACUAUUUAUAAAAUACAUAUUUAUUGCUUGAAGAUCUUUGUGGAUGGAAUGCUGUUAUUUUUUCCCAGAGUACCUGCCAUUAAAUUGGAAGGAGUUUAGUCAUUUAAACUACUCCUGCAUUUUCUAUAUAGAAUUAAACGGCUUAGUAAGCAUUGUACAGAAACUAUCAAAUUGUUUCAAGAAUGUUUUAUGAGUUAUUAAACAAGUUGUCAACAGUUUUGUGUGCAUUUCACUUGUA